AUGCUUUAUGAAGAAAAAGUGGCUGUUCAAAUCUCUCAUAUCUCUCAAUCUGUUUCGAAUCUGCGUGGCAUCGCCUUUCUUACAUAUCAACCCGCAGACCAUCCGGUUCGGACUGAUCAUGGAGUAUGCUUUGGUUCGCUUGUUCACGAUACGAUGGCUCCUUUAUAUCUCUCGAAUCUCAUCUUGGUAUCGAAUCUGCGUGGCAUCUCACUACCAUAUCAACCCGCAGUAAACAGCACUCUGUGUGGAACUCACAUUUACAUCUACAUCAUCCCGGAGCUGCUGUUACUAUCGAAGUGCAACCAAAUCGGGAUCUACGAUCGUCUCACUCUUUAUCGACAAUACAACAAAGCACCUCCAUAUCACUCCCUCAUGGAUGACUUUUAA